CCCACAAGUUGCAUGUCUUUGGACGGUUUUAGUAGAAUUGUUUGGUUUUUUUUUUAAUUUUUAGUUAGAGAUUUGUUCUCUUCUGUCAGGUGAUGUGUAAGUUCAUAAAAAAAAUUGGUAAGCUUUAGGGAUGCUGUUGGCUGGGAAAGGGGAGCCCGAGGACUAAUCUGUGUGAUGUGUUCAAGAAAUACAACCUGGUAUACUCCUUCAGCAUUCAACAACAGACAGAACCUAAAAUGUAAAAAGUAAUAUCUUUUAUGGAGGACAAAAUCUGUUCAUAGUAACUCUAGCUACAUUAGAUCUUCACAAAUCAUUACAGUUUGUAUCCUGAUGGUAGUGGUCUCUUCAGGGUUGAUUACAUACCCCUAAGGGCAAGAGCAGUGACUAAAUGGCUUGGGUAUGAAAACUACUUAAAUCACAUGCUGUGGGCUUAAAGGUCACUAGAUCUUAACACUUAACAAUUCCAUUUACAGUGCCAGUUGUAAAGAAUUUAUUUGAGAGGAGGUUGUGCAGUCAGUCGAUCAGAGUUCAUUUUUGCAAAGAUGGCCAUGUGCAGAUGAACACUUGAAAGAUGCCUUUAAAAAAAACCUUGUGACCAUGAUAAUGUGACAAAGAUGUCACCUGGGAUUUGCAAAAGCGUAUUUACUUAAAACCUCGACCUCAACUUAAAGAUCACAUGUGAAGUUUUCUGAAAAUCAUGUGAAUGCAAUAACUCAAGAAGAAUAAGAUACCUAGGAUUUCUAAAUUCACGCCAUAAGUGCAUCUAAUCCAUAAGUGUAUCUACUGCACUUAUGGCAUGAGUUUUAAAGAAAGUCAUCCUUCUCCGAAAUGUUUUUGCAUAGGUUUGCUGACAGGCAAAGGGCACUAAAAAUAUAAUUGUAAAUAUGACGAUAGCGCUUGAUAUUAUUGUUAUGGGCGCUAAUUUCCCCACCCCCCGGAAACCUGAAAAUUGAACUUUUAUUGUGAAGGAAGUUAGCGGAAGUUGCUCAUUGAAUUCACGGUCUGUUAUGGAAGAAAAAGGGGUUCAUAGUUCUGUCAACAGCCGCUCCAGGACUGAUGGCCAUUUAGAAAUUAAUGUGUUUCCACAAUAAGGGGAGAAGUAAUCAGGUGUCACCGCAUUCGUGGCUGUCUGAAGGAUUCAGAGAUCAUGUCAGCAGUCAAGCUCGCCCUGCAACUGAGCCAAAGAAAUGGCAGAAAAAGGUCCUCCGAAACAAAAUCUGCAGAGGUGUCACCCGACUCCAAGUGCCCCAUCUGCUUGGACACAUUCAGCAACAUUUCCCGCCUUGACCGCUGCUUGCACAGGUUCUGCUUCCGCUGCAUUCUCGAGUGGUCCAAGAACAAAGCAGAGUGUCCGCUGUGUAAACAGCAGUUUAAUUCAAUUUAUCACAGUAUAAAAUCAGAGCAAGACUUCAAGACUUAUGACCUGCAGCCAGUGGACAAUGGCUCUUUUGGUUAUUUUCAGGGAGUGCGGUUUAGAUACCGCACAACUCUCACCGCAGCCCAUCGACAGUUGAGAGGAAGGAUGUCUCUGGCUCCUGACAUUGGUAUAAUAUCUGAAGGCCCAACAAAUUCUUCCCAACAGCGGCCAGACCGUUACAUGCGGCGCAUGAUGAUGAGGCUGGCAACCCAGAGGAGAGCUGCAAGGGAAGGCAGGGCGGUGGCCAGUGUCCGAGAGCAAGAAAUGAUCAACUUUAGACGGGAACUGUACCGACGGGGGGUGAGGGUUCGAAAUGUUCAGGAUGGUGGCCGCUCUCGAGACACCUCAGCGGAGUUUUACAGAAGAAAUCCAGCCUGCCUUCACAGACUGAUCCCCUGGUUGAAAAGAGAGCUGAAUGUGCUAUAUGGAACCCAUGGCUCUUUGGGCAACAUGGUUCAACAUAUCAUCAUGUCACACAUUACACGAUAUAACAUGGAAGACGGAGCUAUUCAGGAAGAGCUCAGGCACUACCUCCACAGUCACGCAGAGCAUUUUAUGCACGAGUUCAUCAGCUUCGCAAAGUCCCCCUUCAACAUGGAGGCAUAUGAUCAGCACGCUGUCUACGACUGUCCGGCGCCUUCCUCAAAUGAAGACAGCAGCUCCAACUCAUCAAUAAUCGCUAUCUCAGAGGAUGAAGACAACUCUACAGGGUUGAACAACCCAGAUGACUCCACAUCUGCUUUGAGCCUCUCGUUGUGGGAUGAUGAGACACCUGGGCCGUCGUAUUCUACGACAGCAGAGCAGGGCAGGACAGAGCGUCUGUCAGUCUUGGACUCAGACUCUGACAGUAGUUUGGAAGAAGAGACGCAAGAGUUUGCGUCACCACAGCAAAUGAGUCCUCAUAACCAAACAGAUCUGACUCAGGGUAAACGCAAUAAUGAAGACUGUGUAUCUUCUGACAGUGAUGACUGUGUCAUUGUGGGUUUUGUUAAACCAACAGCAGACCGGACUCCUCAGGUGGUUCAGCUUUCCUCUGACUCUGAGUGGUCUGCUGACGAUACUCAAGAAGUGCCUCUUCAGCCUCAACACAUUCGAUUCACCAGUAGCAGUCCUGCAACUCUACAUAGCAGUGAUCGUAGUGGGGCUGGACUAUCAGAAAAUGUAGACACAGAUGAUCGUCACCACUCAAGUUCAAAAGAAAGAUCAAGCAAGACGUAUAAGAAGUCAGACAGAAAAGGUCAGGGUAGAAGAUUUGACAGCAAAGAGAGAUCUAAGGAGAGGCACAAAUCAAAGGACAGACACUAUAGGAGGAGGAGGUCAAGAAGUAAAGAGCGGAGGCACUCUAGCAGAAGCCCGGUGAUCUCCCACAGCAGUGUCAGCACUUAUUCCACUGAAAAAAGUUAUUCUUAUUCAAAUGGCAGAGACUACUCCAGGUGUGACAGAUAUAAAAGGGACAGUGAUUACACCUACCAGUCAUAUAGCCAUUACAGCCAAGAGAGAAACAAUAGCGGACUCCAUUACACACAAAGGCACUCGUACUAUUACAGCAGCCGCAGAUGCUCAGGUUUCCGCUCUCGCUCCAGUAGCCGCGACAAGGAUUUACGGAGACGGUACAGGAGGCGCUCUCGAUCCAGGACUUAUUCCAGCAGCCACUCCCCUUCUGCCAGAAGGAAAUCUCAUUAUGACAAGCCUGGUGGGAAGAGGAAGUACAAAAAAAGACAUUUAGAGGACCCCUCCAGUACCACAGCGUUUAACUCCCAUGCAGACGGUGACUCCUCUGCAUUAAGAAAACACAAGAAAAAAAGCAAAGAGAAGCACCGUAAAAAAUCCAAAGAGAAGUCUAGAAAGACCAGCAGGAGUCUCAGUGUGGAGCUCCUCAAUGAGGAAAAGGCACAUGAGCAGGGCAGGUGUCACCAUAAGAAAAAGAAGAAACACAAGAAGAAAAGCAAAAGGCACAAGAGCAGCGAACGCACAGAGAAGCGUUCACCCACUAUCAUUACCAUUGAUAGUGACAGCGAUUCAUUUGCUAAUGACAGUAUCACUCAGGUCACUAAUGCUAAUAAUGAUAAGCCCGCAGACGAUAGGACAGAUGACACAGUAGACACUACCCCUGCAGAUACACUGUUGUAAUCCUAUAUCAGAUUUUUACCCUCAGCUGCUGCCACCUGCCACCAUUUUUUUUUUAAUCACAACAGUGUUCAGUAGGGUGAAAGCACAUAUCACAUGUUUGCUAUAGUGAUAUUACAUUGGACACUGACAAACUGAUGGUAUGAUGUAUGCACAAUGAGAAAGAUGACCUUUUUAGACCUCCAUGGCCUGAUUUAAAACAAUGCUUUUAUAUCUGCUAUGUGCUACUAUGUGUAAGACAAAUGGAAUAAUAUUGGAAGUGUCGUCUUUUUGUUGUUGUUGGUUUUUUUGUUUUUUAAGAGUCAGUUCUUACUCUGUAUUAUGUGCUGAGGGUCUCUCAGGGUUAAUGCUGAUUACAAUUUGUGCUGCCAUCAGUCGGCUAUAAUCUGGAGACAAAAGAAUAUAAUGUUUUGAUUUCAAAAUAACUUCAUUUGUAUUGAAUUUUAUUUCUAAAUAAAUUGUAAAGAUUCAUUGUGUGUCAGAGAAAAAGAGCAUAAUUACCAGUCACAGUAUUUCCCCCCUUUUUUUACUGUAUUACGUUACAGCUUCAAACUCAAGCAAACAGUAUAAAACAGGGCAGAUCCAAGAUGUGAAUGGAGAAUGUACGUCAAAGUACAUUAAAUUUAUAGAAAAAAAAAUUGGUGGUGAAAUGUUUGUAAUGAAUCUGAUAACAUGCAGUAAACCACAGGAAAUGAUAACAAUUAAAACCUUUAUGAAGGUACUUAAGGUAUGUGUUAUUUUAAAGGGUUGUAAAAUAAUAAUGCAAAACAGAAAUAAAGUAUUCAAGCACAAAAUCCCCAUAUUACAUCUCAAGCUUCAAAUGGAGUGGACUACAAUAUUCUGGUGAACUGAAUUGUCCUACUAUGUAAUAGAUGAGAUCUCUGUUUGUCUGCAAACUCCUCCCACACAAUCAGGAGUUCAACAAUGAGCUGGCACACAGGUACAUCAUUGUUCCCCUGAAGUUUCUUGUGUUUCUUUAUCAGAUGCUAUGGCAUCACUAUAUUGCCAUAUGUAGUAACACUGUAACACUUCAUAAAACCAUUUGAUUUUGUGAUAACAUCUCAUUUAGUUAAUAUUGAAUAUAUUUGUUGAUGACACUUCAGUUUAUGCAGUCAAGCUUACUUUACAUAGUGACUAUACCGACUAAUGUUGGAUAAAUACCAUUCUAAAAUCAUAGUUUAUCCAGGACACUAUUUUAUGCAUUUCUGUCAGGUGCUUGUUAUUCAUGUUUAUUUGUAUUUUUAGUUGUGUGAAAAGGAAAAUUUCACAGGACUCUCCCGUCAUGGGAAAUAUUAAGCAUACCUAAUGAGUAAUGUUUCUGUGUGACUUCAUCAUUUUGGCCCACACUUUGUUCCUUGAGGUUUGCAUGCAUUCAUUUAUACACUGGUGUCUUAGUGGUCUGCCACAGCGUUUCAGUCAGGUUGAGGUCUGGAAUUUGCACACCUUGAUUCUUUUCUUUUUCAGCCAUUCUGUUGUAGAUUUGCUGCUGUUCUCACUGGCUUGCUUCACAACAAAAUUUCAUCCAGGCUUUAAAUGUUGGACAGAUGGGGUCACAUUUGACUUGAGAAUACUUUGGUAAACAGAGGAGUUCAUGGUCAACUCAAUGACUACAAGGCGCCCAGGUCCUGUGGCUGCAGAACAAGCCCAAAUCAUUACCCCCUACAUCACCCCACUGACACUUGGUAUGAGGUGUUUGUGCUCAUAUGCCAUGUUUGAUUUCACGACACAGGUCACUGUACAUUAUUAUGGUCAGACAUCUCCCCUUUGGUCUCAUCUGUCCAAAAAACGUUGUUUCAGAAGUUGUGUUUUUUAAAGUUGCAAACCUAAACUAUGCUAAAAUGUUUGGUUUAGAGAGAAUAAGCUUUUUCCUGGUAACCCUUUCAAACAAACCAUACUUGUUCAUCCCUUUUCCAAUUUUACUCUUAAUGAACUUUAACUUUUAACAUGGCAGUUAAGUGUGUAGUGUAGUCCCUGUAGAAAAGUAGAUGAUUUUUUAACCUCAUAGGACCUGGCGUCCGCAUAUGUGGACAUCAUAUUUUGGGUUAUUUAGACCAAAAUACUCAAUUUUGCUCUACAAGGCCCUGAUAUUCACUUACAAGGACAUU